AUGAUGUGUCGCCUCUGUUGUAUUCCUGAUCUCAGUUUAAUCCAAACUGUCCUCUUCAUCUAUGACUUUUGGGUCAUCGGUAUCUCCAACUUGUACGCAUGGCGCUGUCCCACUGGCACCGUUCUCGUCCCAUUUUUCAACAAAAAUCUCAGCAAGAAGCACCUCGACAUUGGCGUCGGGACGGGAUAUUUUCUUGCUCAUGACGAUCUGAAAGAGGACAACCAAGUCACACUCGUGGAUCUGAAUAAGAACAGUCUGGAAGCAGCAAAUGGCAGGAUCGGAAAGAAGGGGAAGUAUGACUCGAUUUCGCUGUGCUAUCUGUUGCACUGCAUGCUAGGACCGUCGGAGGAAAAGGUGCCUCUGUUUGCGAAUGUGAAAAGGAACUUGAGUAAACGCGGAGUGUUGCUCGGGAGCACAAUCUUGGGACAAGGUGUCAGUCACAACUGGUUCGGACAACGUCUGAUCAACGCCUAUAAUAAGAAGGGCUUGUUUGGCAAUGUGAUGGACAGCAGAAGGGUAUUUGAAGAUAGUUUGAGGGAGAACUUCGGGGAUGUUGAAUGCAGAGUUGAGGGUGCUGUACUCCUGUUCGAAGCGAGAAGGCCGAGGAGGGACAGCAGUGGUGGGAGGACGACGUUCCAGACGUCUUGA